GGCGGACUGAAGCUGGAGAAAGUUCAUUGGUGAAAGCUGAUGUUAAGAAAUUUACUCUUUAAAAAAAAUAAAUAAUAAUAAUAACAAUGUAAGUUUACGCUUGAACGGAAAAUGCUUGACAAGGUUUUCCAAGAAAUGACGUUUUUGUUCCACUCCUCGCCACACUAUAUACGUCGUGUUUUAUCUUUGGCGAGUAUGUAUCCCUUUUUGAACUGCUCGGCUCAUUUCCACCUGCAGUUCUUCUUGUGGUCAUUUCUGAUAAGAGAAGUCACUUGCUCCGUCGAUCAAUGUCGUCACCUGGAGUUCAGAGCCGAACAAACAUUCCAGGGAAGACGUCUGGUGAAUCACGUGAUACGGGUUCAUGAUCCCUUGAUGACAGACUUCUGUGAUGCGCUUUGUUACAUGGAGCACAACUGUGAAAGUUAUAAUUUGAUGAGGAGAAGUGAAGCUGAGGGACACAGAUGUGAAUUAAAUAAUGCUACUCAUGAAGGAAACGAAAACGACCUCAAAGAAAAUCCGGAAUAUGUAUACCGUGGAACUAAGAGCCUCUGUGUCAAUAGACCCAGCAAGAACAACGCGACCUGUCAAACCGGUUUUACAGACAAAGGAUACCGCUGCAUGUGCACUGCUGGAUUCCAUGGUCGUGAUUGUCAACUAGAUAUUGACGAGUGUGCUCUAGGAACCCACGACUGCGGUGUUAAUGCUGUAUGCAUUAAUACCGAAGGCUCAUAUAACUGCUCUUGUAAACCUGGAUAUUCUGGAGAUGGAGGAGACUGUGCAGUCAUGGAGUGCAGGGAUGUUUAUCAGAAGAAGUUGACCAACGAAACGAGCCCCUAUUGUGUUCUUGGAGCAUGCGGAGUAGGUCGAUGGACGCUUGUCAUGAAGAUUGACGGCACUAAGGGAACCUUCCGCUAUAACUCGGACCUUUGGAGCAACAUGGAAACAUAUAAUCCGGUAGGAGGAAAGGUAGUAUUUGAUACACAAGAGACGAAGUUGGACACCUACUGGAACACACCUUUCCACAAGAUCUGUCUUGGAAUGAAAAUCAACGGCGUAAAAAAUCCAAGUUUUGUCGUUAUAAACAAGACGGCUGAUUCUUUGUACUCACUGAUCGCUGACGGACAGUAUCGCAACACCUCACUGGGUCGUGACACGUGGAAGACGUUGAUUGGUCUGCAAGCCUCCUUACAGAGCAACUGUAACAAGGAAGGUUUCAAUGUUUUUUGUCAAGGGGGGUCCAAAGCAAGAAUUGGUUUUGUUGCCAACAAUGAAAAUGAUUGCAAGUGGUGUGAUUCCAGAAUUGGAUUUGGUAUUGGAGGUUACCCUGAUGACUACAAUACGUGUGGAAACGCGGCCAAGUGGCGACCAGAUAAUGGAGACAAGUACAUUAGAGCGAUGUGUUAUGUUUUUAUACAAUAAGAACCUCGCGAAACGGAAAUGGCUUUUACACUGUGGUGUGUAUCCAAUAGGGUUAGGCAUAAGUAUUUCUGUCUUUUGGUGGCUUUAGAAGCCGAAUUGUAAGAAACAGUGGGGUAAAAAAAAACUUGAAACUUUGAAGCCCUUGAACCAAUUGUUCAUGGAACUUUAGAAACAUUAUUUCGGAAGUAAAACCAUGCUUUGUUGAAAAACGUUGUUUUCGGCAACUAAUUGGAGCAGCAUGCUCACUCACAGUGAACAAACGGCUCGAAGACUUCUUACACUAACCGAUCAGAUGCUUCAUCAACACGGUACUAGCGGGAAACUUAAUCUCAAUCAAAGUGAAUGCAACACAACCCUUUCAGAAAUUCUUACAAGAGAGCAGUCUACAGAUAUAACUGAGCAUGAACAGGAACGUUGAUGAAACUAGACGUAUGUUAAAAGAACAGCUUUGUAGUGUAAGAUAUUUAAAUUCAUUUUAUUUAACGCUUUUAGGUAUCCAUGCUUCUUUCUCGAACUUCAAAACUUCCUAAAACUGUCAUUUUUGAUAGUAAUAACUACCAUUUUUUCAAAAACCUUAAAUUCUUAUAAAUACAAGAAGCACUUCGUUUUUAAAUAUAAAUAGAAAGCUAAUUCAUCAGCUCAUUUAAAUAAACCUAAUUGUAGACUUCUUCCUAUGAUAAACCAUAUGGUCCUAAAACCGUAGUACAAAGUAUUCCUUUUUUUUGUAGAUUUCAUAUAUCAUGCUUUUCCUUAAAAUACCAACCAACAAACCAAUACACUAUUUCUAAUAAUUACAUUAAGCACUAACAUGAGAUGAUUGAUAUCGUUUGUUUUCUGAGUUAAGUAUAGCCAGUGUAAAAUUUACAACAAUAAGCCUAAUACACACAAAAAAAAAACAGCAUUUUAGUAUGCAUGUCUUGAUAUAACAUCUCACUUAACUCCGUGAUUUUCAAUUACCUGUGCAAGGAGUUUCAUUUUUCAAGUACAAGCCUAGGAGGUGCAUUCUCGCUCGUUCAA